AGCCUUCACGCCUCCACCACAUGCAGUGGUGCACUGGGAUGGUAAGCUGGUUAAGAACGUCGUGGGAGAAGAAGAACACCGACAGGCCAUCUUCAUCUCAGGGCGCGGCCAUGAGGAAGGGAAGCUGCUUGCUGUCUUGCCAGUGAAGGACGGCACUGGCCUGACCCAGGCACGCGCAACAGCUCGUGCUAUCGAGGACUGGAGCUGCGCUUCAAACGUCAAGGCACUGUGCUUUGAUACAACGUCGUCCAACACAGGGCGAGUCCAAGGUGCGGUUGUCCAUCUGGAGGCGCUGCUGGAAAAACAUCUGUUGAGGCUUGGGUGCAGACACCACGUCAUGGAACUGGUGGUGAGAACCGCUGCCAGCAACAUCUUCGGCAAAACAUCGGCCCCUACGGACCCUCUCUUCCAGACUCUUAAGAAAAGGUGGAGUCAACUAGAUCACUCUCAGUAUCUCAGGCUGGACAUUUCAAAUCUACCAGAGUCUGACUGGCUCAGUCACCUCCGACACAGGACCGUUAGCUACCUGCUGACCGUCACAGAAUGGGCCAGAGAGGAUUACCGAGAAGCGGCAGAACUAACGCUCCUCGUCCUCGGUGUGAAUCCUCCGCGCGGCACGCACUUUCUGCGUCCUGGCGCAUGUCACCACGCUCGCUUGAUGGCGAAGAUCAUAUACUACCUCAAGAUCUACAUGUUUAGCCGCCAGCUAGAGCUCAGCAGUGACCUGUGCGUCAAGCUGCAGAGGAUGGCGAUCUUUUUGUCUCUGCUGUACACACCGGCGUGGCUGAAAUCACCAGUAGCCGAGGAUGCGCCUGUGAAUGACCUGCAACUGCAUCACGAACUCCUCCGCUACAGGGCCGUGGACUUAUAUGGUGAACCCUCAACAUACUAUGCAAACUUUUCUAAAGACAACGAAAGCCCCAAAGUCUCCUUUUCUAUCGUGGCAUAA